CGCAGCGGCCACACAACGCCCAUCUCUAGUUUCGGAUCCCAAAGCCAAACAUUUUUCAUUUUCAUUUUCCCCCAUUACAUUUACAAAAUAAAUAAGCGGCUAUAUUGCGCAUAAUUACAGUCGCCAAUAGUUGCUCCUAUUGCUCACACAUCUGAUCCGGCCAGAAUAGCGGAAUAAAUCCGAAUUAAAUUUGUAGUGACCAAACACAAAAAAAAAUUAAAAAAAAAAAAAACAAAACAAGUGAAAAUCCUCAUAAAGAAAAGAAAGGAAAAAAGUGAAUCAUGUUUUGGGCGGCGAAGCGGGUGCGCUUGCUGCAUCAGUUAGCCUGUCAAGAGGGCCGCCUCAAGAUCAAGUUCAAAAGCAAGAAUUCGAAUCCAAAUCAAAGUCCAAAUCAAGAACCAAGUCCUGGGAGGAUGUGGCAGCGCCGGGAUCCAUUAUCCAUAAGACUCAAUCACUCAAUAUCGGGCGAACGUUGCAAUUCCCAUUUACUUCUAGCUGACAACAAUAGCGGUUCGGGUGGCGGUGGCGGAGGUGGCGGUGGCGGUGGCGGCCACAACAAUGCCACCUGCUGUGCCAAGAACUCCACGUGCCUGGCGGCCGGGCCCAGUCCGAGUGCCAUCACCGAUGAACUGCUCGCCCAGUGGCGCCGCAACUUCUACAGAGAGCCGAAGAACCUGCUGGCUCAGAACGUCUGCUCCCGCGUGGAUCCCUUCGAUGUGUGUCUGUCCCGCAAGGCACUGGAGACGACCAACCAUGUGUUCAACUACAAGGUGGAGACGGAGGGCAAGCCGGUGACCAAUCAACGCAGCUCCGGCCGCUGCUGGCUCUUCGCGGCCCUCAACUGCAUCCGCCUGCCCUUCAUGAAGAACUACAACCUGGACGAGUUUGAGUUCUCGCAGGCCUUCCUCUUCUACUGGGACAAGAUCGAGCGGUGCAACUACUUCCUCAACAACAUCGUGAAGACAGCCCAGCGGGGCGAGAAGGUUGACGGACGACUGGUGUCCUUCCUGCUACUCGAUCCCACCUCGGACGGCGGCCAGUGGGACAUGCUGGUCAAUCUGAUAACCAAACACGGUCUGAUGCCAAAGAAAUGCUUCCCCGAGAGCUUUAGCUGCGAGUCCAGCAUACGAAUGAAUGCCAUAUUGAAGAGCAAGCUCCGGGAGUAUGCUCGCCAUCUGCGCGUGCUGAUGGAGCAGAAUCCCUCGGAGGAGGUGGUCGCCGCCAAGAUCCAGGAGCAAAUGGCCGAGAUCUACAAGGUGGUGGGCAUUUGUCUCGGCAUUCCCGCAGAGACCUUCACCUGGGAGUACUACGACAAGAGCAAGAACUACCAGUCGAUCGGUCCAGUCAGCUCGCUGGAGUUCUACGAGCGCUACGUGAAGCCGCACUUCAACGUGGAGGACAAGGUCUGCUUGGUGACCGAUCCGCGGCCGACAAGCAGAUACGAUCAGGCCUACACCGUCGACUGUCUGGGCAAUGUGGUCGGUGGGCGGCCCGUCCUCUACAACAACCAGAACGUGGAUCUGCUGCUGGCCGUUGUUACCAAGUCCCUGAAGGCCGGCGAGGCAGUUUGGUUCGGAUGCGAGGUCAGCAAGCGCUUUGCCUCCAAGCAGGGUAUCGAGGAUGUGGACGUCCAUGAUUUUAAGCUGGUCUUUGAUAUCGAUAUACAAACGACGUUUUCCAAGGCGGAUCGUCUCAUUUACGGAGAGUCAGCCAUGACCCAUGCCAUGGUCUUUACAGCUGUCUCGGUCGAUAAAAGCGGUGUGGCCCAAAAGCUGCGGGUGGAGAACUCGUGGGGCGAGGAUCGUGGCGAGAAGGGCUACCUGGUCAUGUGCGCCGAUUGGUUCAGGGAAUUCGGAUUCGAGGUUGUUGUGGACAAGAAAUACGUACCGGAGGAUGUGCUGCGCGUGUUCGACAUGGAUCCGAUCGUCCUGCCCGCCUGGGAUCCCAUGGGCACGCUGGCGCAGUAAAUCCAAGCAGGAAGGAUACACGUAUAUUUAAUUACAAUAUAUACAAAGCUUUACGAUCAGCAAAAACACCAGCAGCAGCGCACCAGCAAUAACAGCAGCAUCCGAAUCCGAUACAGAAUCAGAACAAACCUUUCCAACUUUAGUGUUAAAUUUUCAGCGCAAUAUUUUUUUCUGUCCUUUUUUUAGUCGAUUAUGUUUUUUUGUGUGUAACGUACCGUGUACCGUAUUUGAUAUUGGGAUAUUUUUUUUUGUUCGGAUCAUAUAUUUGUCAAAAUCUUCAUCUAUCCUCUGUGCAAGCGCAAUAUUUUACGCAUCGAAUCUAAACAGAAGCACUAGUGGGCGUCAAUUCUUUGUAUCAAUAUUUUUGUGUUUAGCUUAAGUAAAAAAAAUUGAUCAGUUCUCAUCCCCGAA